GGGGGCACGUGUCGUGUCCCCUUCCCAGAGCUUCACAUGCGAAAGCCGUCACUCGAACCCAGCCAAUCAGAGCGAAUGACAUGUAAUCUAGUCCACUAGGGGGCUGGAUUUCCCCACAUCGACGAGCCGAGGCAACCACUGAAAUCCACUGUAAUUGGUGCUGACGGUAUUGGGAUGGUAACCCCAAGAGCCGGCUUUGAGCUCUCAAGCUCAAACAGGCUACCGGUGUACUUAUUCUCCAGCAUCUAAUCCCGAUGUUAGCUUACUCGUGUGUCACGCGCCAGUGUCGCAAGCUUCCACGGUUCCAUAAGAGCUGAUGUCUGCUGCUUUUGCUGAAGUAGCGGUUGUUUACCACUGUACUUCUCCAUCGUGUAGUUCUUGACAGAGUAGAGGAGCUUCUGUUCGGUCUUUGUAUUGACUAGCCUCUUGACGAUCCGAUACCAGUCCAAACACCAACUAAACAAGUACCGCUCUCUUCGUAAACAUGACGCAGACGUUCUCCCGCGAUGAUGUCGCUAAGCAUAACACUGAAGACUCUCUGUGGUUCGUCAUCGAUGCCAAGGUCUACGAUGUCAGCGAGUUCGUUGACGCCCAUCCCGGAGGAGAGGCGGUUCUUCGUCAAGUUGCUGGCACCGAUGCGACUGUUGCAUUCUACAACCUCCACCGACACGAGGUCCUCACCAAAUAUGAAGACCUCUGCAUAGGGACGCUCCAAGGCGAGAAGUCCCAGGUCAUUACGCCGCAGCCCGGCGAUCUCUCCACUGUCCCAUACGCAGAGCCCCUGUGGCUUACACCCCCGUUCAAGAAUCCGUACUACAACGACAGCCAUCGUCGUCUGCAAAAGGCUAUGCGCGUGUUCACGGACAAGUACAUCACGCCCGAAGCUCAGGCUCGCGAGAAGGAUGGCCAAUACAUCAGCCAGGAGCUCAUCGACCGCAUGUCAAAAGAGGGCAUCCUGCAUAUGCGCAUGGGGCCCGGCAAGCACCUCCACGGGGUCGAGUUGCUGGGUGACGCCGUGAAAGGAGAGGAGUUUGACUACUUCCAUGACUUGAUCAUGGGCCAGGAGGGGGUACGAGCCAACGCUCGUGGUUUCCAAGACGGCAACAUGGCAGGCAUGGUCAUAGGCUUGUCGGCGGUUAUGAAUUUUAUGAAGGACCAAAAGCGGAAGAAGGCAAUCAUGGACGAGGUGUUUAGUGGCAAGAAGAAGAUAUGUUUGGCCAUCACCGAGGCCUUUGCUGGCUCUGAUGUGGCGGGUCUGCGAACAACGGCCACAAAAACCGCUGAUGGCAAGCACUACAUCGUCAACGGCACCAAAAAGUGGAUCACGAACGGUGUCUUCAGCGAUUACUUCGUCACUGGGGUCAAGACAGACAAGGGUCUCAGUGUGCUGCUCAUUGAAAGGGGGGAAGGCGUCGAGACCAAGCCUAUCAAGACCUCAUACUCCCCGGCGGCCGGAACGACGUAUAUCACCUACGAUAACGUUAAAGUACCUGUUGAAAACCUCCUGGGCGAAGAAAAUCGCGGUAUCUACGUUAUCUUGUCGAACUUCAAUCAUGAGCGAUGGACCAUGGUUUGCGGAACCACGCGGAUGAUGAGAACUGUAGUUGAGGAGUGUCUGAAAUGGUGCCACCAGCGUAUAGUCUUCGGCAAGCGGCUUAUUGACCAGCCCGUCAUAAGACAGAAGCUGGCCAAGAUGAUUGCCCUCACUGAAUCUCACCAGUCGUGGCUCGAGACCAUCACAUAUCAAAUGUGCAAUAUGGCAUACAAGGAUCAGGCCACCUACCUGGGCGGACCAAUUGGCCUCCUGAAGAUGAGCGCCACCCGGGCCGCUCAUGAGGUUGCGGACGAGUCGGUGCAGAUCUUUGGAGGUAGGGGACUGACCCAAUCGGGUAUGGGCAGUGUCAUUGAGAUGUUCCAUCGCACGUACAAGUUUGACGCCAUCCUUGGAGGCGCUGAGGAAGUCCUUGGCGAUUUGGGGGUGAGACAGGCGAUGAGGAUGAUGCCGAAGGCUAUGUUGUAGAACCUGCGUGUAGAAUCGUAUGUACAUGGAAAUUCUGUAUAGAAAGAAUUGAUGAAGUCCUCGGGAUAGGUUCACACCAGCAACUAAUGGCUCCUCAUCUGACCCCAAGUGUUACCAAAAUGGGGUUCUUGGAU